AAUAGUGCGAUCAUCACUUGAGCUGAAAUCAAGAGUCCGAUGCUUAACUGACUGAGCCACCCAGGUGCCCCUAUGAAAAAAUUCUUUGAGGAGAGCUGAAGUUUUCAUCAGAACUUCAAAUGGGUUAGUGGCCCAGGAGAGUUUCAUCAUUAUUUAUCUAGGUUGAUUUCAACUUCCCAACAUCUGUCUUCACUACUACAGUCUUCUGAUAAGGGCUAAUGAAAAAUAAAAUCAUUUAAGGUUACACAAAUAAACUGUUCUCUUUCUAGUAAUGGAGAACUCUUUUGUUGUAGACCAACCCUUGUAACACCACCAACAACAAAGCUAGCAAGAGGAAGUUGGUUUCAAAGCAUAGGGGAGCUAUACUGACACUGAAGACCUGAGGCACAUGAAGGUAGCAGCAUAACCAGUCUGGAUCCAUGAAUAGUGAUCAGCCAUUCUUCCCCCAAUUUCUUGGAAUUGAUGUAAUCUCGAAGGAUCAUCCCGAGAAUGACUUAUAUGAAAUUUCUUAUCAUCCAGCAGUAUUAUAACAAACAACAAUAAUAAUCUCUUAAGUUGAAAAUAAUGAGAUGCUAUAUAUUUUGUAAUGUAAGUCUGUAGACCAAAAAUAUCUUAAACACAUUUGUGUGGGAACAUAUCUGAGUCUAAAUAUCUCUUAGAAGGUAGUGCUUUCCACCACCUAUUGAUUUAACUGUUUUUAUCUAAAUUCUUAAACAGGAGAAUCAAACUGGGUCUACUUAGUUCAGUCAUGGGCGAUAAUUUUCAAAAGGGCAAUGUAAUGCUGCUUUCUUGAAAAAGGGUUUCAAAUUGCUGAUUCAUUUUUGAUGAAAAGAGUUCAAGCCAAAAGAACAGUAUGCCCUUUGACUCUAAUAGUAUGUGAUUUUAUUUUCAAUGCAUACAAGUUAUUAUCUUUUCCAUUGCUACUUUUUGCAUGACUUCCUUAUUAGACUCAAAUAUCCUAUAUUUGCCUAUACAUCUGACCUGAACCUACCACAAGUCUUCUUUCGAUCUAAUCUCCCAUUCUCCCUAUUAGUUUUCUGCCUUUUUUUUUUUUUUUGUAUUUUGGUAUAUUACUCCUUUUUGCCUUUGCUCAUACCAUCUCAGCAUUCUAGUCAAAGGCUUGCUGCUGUAAUCUAGAACUGUAGAAGGAAAGAAGAGAACAAAAGAAAAUGGAGCACAGGGUUGCCAAUGGUCAAGAGCAGGAAGUGACUUAGGGAGCAUAUACUGGAGAUGGGUAAAGAAGAAAAUAGUUCUUUAAAUUGAUGUCCCUAUAUAUAAAGUUUACAAGAAUUAUGCUCUUUGGACCAUCUGAGUCCUUGGGUUUGUGUUUCUUUAUCUCCGAGGGGAACUGGAAGCAGAUGCAUAUGUUUUAUAGCCACUUCUUUCCCCCUAUGACUUGUUGUAUCUCUAACCAACCCCAGGGAGAAUUUUCUGGGCUUUUAAUACUGUUCUCAAUAUCUAUUUUAUCAUUCACUGUAACGAUCCCAUCACUUUAAAAGCUUGUUGAGUUCAAUAUGCACUUAUUCAUAGUAGGUUUUUUUUUUAUUCGUCUGCUCACUUGAGAAUAUGGAGUUAUUUGUGAUCUUAAUAAAAAGAAAGGUCUACAUUCUAGAAGCUGUAUGUACUGAAGAAUCUCCAAGCUCCUGAGUAAUUACAAGGAAUUAAUGAAUCCUGUCUUUGAUGUUAUACCACUUCAAGCUCCCCCUUACCUACUCAGGGAGAUCACAAAAGAUUACUAAACUAUGCCUAAUAUUGGUCUUGAUGCAGUAAGAAUGUUUCAUUGCUUUGCAGAUAGAUUCCAGGAUUUUCCAUUUUGCAAUCAUAUUCCUGAACAAUAUCUGUGGAUAUUUAUGUAAUUUCUAUAUUAACCCUUAUUAUUGAAGCCAUAUCUAGUCAAUCAGACUUUUGCUUAGUUCUAAGACACUCUUCAAUACUUGGAUUAAACUUUACACAAAAUCCAAUGUUGGCUUGUGAACACUUAAAUUAAGGCCUACAAAUAAAUUUUUUUAGGGGGUAUAAAAUUUUCUAUUUUGCAUUCCAGAAUAGAAAUCAGAGAGAGAAAUUUUAUGUCAGGAAUUGAACACAUAAUCUAAAAUUCUUGUCAAAGUUGCAGUGAGGAGUUUGGAAUAUGUUUCUCAAUUUCCUCUUAUUAUUCCUAGUAUUUUUAAAUCACUUGAAAUUUUCCCAAACCACAACUUCCUCUUCAAGAUACAGCUUAUACCAGAAGUUUCUUAGCCUCAUAAGAAUGUUUAGCAGUUUGUCUCUGAGCUCUGACCUCUUUGAAUGAAGCAGAACUCUGAGUGACAUCUUCAGAGCAAGAGGUAAAAGAGGCUCCUGAAUCUUUUGAAUACAGAAGAUAAUGGUACGAGAAGGGCAGCCUCAAGGUGGAGAGAACGCAGUAUGGCAGUCCCAAGUACGGUGCUGGUCUGUUGCUGUGAUUUCCAUAGCACUCCUCAGUGCUUGUUUCAUUGCGAGCUGCGUGGUGACUUAUCAUCUUACAUAUGGCAAAACUGGCAAAAGGCUGUCUGAACUACACGUAUACCACUCAAGUUUAUCAUGCUUCAGUGAAGGGACAAGUGUGACAGGAAAUGUCUGGGCAUGUUGCCCAUAUAGUUGGAAGUCAUUUGGUUCCAGCUGCUACUUCAUUUCUACUGAGCGGAAUUUUUGGGCAAAGAGUGAGCAGAACUGUGUUGCGAUGGGUGCUCAUUUGGUGGUGAUCAACACGGAGGCAGAGCAGAAUUUCCUUGUCCAGAAACUGAAUGAAUCAUUGUCUUAUUUUCUGGGACUCUCAGAUACACAAGGGAAUGACAAUUGGCAAUGGGUUGAUCUGACACCUUACAAGGAAAAUGUCAGAUUAUGGCACCAGAACGAGCCCAAUUUUUCUGCAGAGGAAUGUGCUUCAAUAGUUUUCUGGGAAAAUAGAGGGUGGGGCUGGAAUGAUGUUUUCUGUGAUAGUAAGAGAAAUUCAAUAUGUGAGAUGAGGAAGAUUUAUCUCUGAAUGUAACUUUAUUCACUGACACCUUUAAAGUUAAGACCUAUCAUAAAAUGAUAAUUUCCUCUUCCAAUUUAUGUAUAAUCUUUAUCACAGAGGUCAUGGAAAUAUUCAGAUGCCUUUCUGCCUUCAAUCAUCCCCCUUCUAGUUUCUUCUUUUUCACUAAUGAUAAAAUGAACUCUUCCUUC